AUGAGUUUAACGGAAAACGAAGCGAAAAUUAGGCGAAGAACUAUAAAGGCUUCUGCCACACGAUUGCGUAGUUAUGUAGAAUCUCCGCAAGCCGAGCAUGCAACAAAGUUUGAAUUGAUUGAACGUAAGAAAAAGUUAGCGGACUUAUUUCAGCAAUUCGAUGAAGUCCAAUCAUCCAUUGAAUGUUUUGAUUCGAGCCUUGAUGAUCCAAACACAACCGCGGCACAUGCUGAAGAGCGUGCUCGGUUUGAGGAAGCAUACUUUCACCUCAUGGCGAUUUAUGAACGACGUAUCAGUCAGCUUGAACAUGCGGAUAUUAACUUUCAAUUUGCUAAUAAUAAUAAUUUUAAUCAAGCUGCACCACGAAACAACACAGAGUCACAAAUUAAGUUACCAAGAAUUCAAUUACCUACAUUUUCGGGUGCUUAUGAAGAUUGGUGCACGUUUCAUGAUUCGUUCGAUAAUCUUAUACAUAAUAAUGCGAGUCUAUCAGCAAUACAAAAAUUUCAUUAUUUACGUUCGUCAUUAAAGGACAAGGCUGCUGAGGUUAUUAAGGCCUUUGACAUUACAGUUGAUAAUUAUACUGAAGCUUGGAAGUUGCUUAAUGAGCGUUUUGAUAAUAAGAAGCGUAUAGUUCAAACACAUGUUAGGGCAAUGUUUGAGAUAACUCCAAUUCAUAAGGAAAAUUAUACCGCUUUGCGGAAUUUGCUUGAUAACGUACUUAAACAUUUCAGAGCUCUUAAGGCCCUUCAAAGGCCGGUAGAAUCUUGGGACGACAUGAUGGUCCAUUUGGUAGUGGCCAAGCUUGAUUCUUCUACAGUUAAAGAGUGGCAGACAAGUCGUGUGGACAACGCAAUACCUACUUUCAAGGAACUUACUGAUUUUUUAGCACAGAGAUGUGAGGCUUUGGAAGCUACCUUUAACAAGUCAUUGACAUUACGAUCAAAUUGUGAGUCUCCGAACAGUUCUCGGAAGGCCAAGAAUCCUAGUUCACAUGUAAGCACAUCGAAUCAGGUUUGUGUUCAUUGCAAAAAUAAUCAUUUCAUAUUUCAAUGUGAGGCAUUCCGCAAAUUACCUGUUGAAAAACGUUUUGAAGUCGUAAAAAAUUCACAUUUAUGCAUUAAUUGUUUGAAAGCUAAGGGACAUCAAGCAAAGGAUUGUAUGUCUAGUUCUUGUCGAAAAUGUGGAAAGUCACAUAAUACGUUAUUACAUUUUGAGUCUAAGGCUAACACAACAAACAUUGAAAAUCAAUCUUCUAACGAUUCUCCCAAAACAGCUAAUGUGUCAUUGUCAGAGUCUACAUCGCCAGUAGUUACUCAAUGCACUCAAAUCAAUGCAUCUAAGAUUUUUAUUUCUACCGCUAUAGUUACUGUGUACGAUAAUCAAGGACAGCCUCAUGGCUGCAGAGCUUUGUUGGACAGCGGUUCGCAAUUAAAUUUUAUUACACAAAACUUAGCGAGCAAGUUGGGGCUUAACUGUCGUGCAAUAAACAUGUCGAUUUGUGGAGUCGCGGAAGGAACAUUUGGAUCAAAGGAAAUAACUAAUGUUAGUUUUCGAUCGCGAAUCAAUAAGUAUACGAAUAAUCUUGAAUGCGUAGUCCUUCCUAAAAUCACGCAAAACUUACCACAAGAAUUUUGUCCAAUGUCUGAGUUUAAGCUUCCAACAAAUAUUGUUCUUGCAGAUCCUAAUUUUAAUAUUCCUAGUGAGGUCGACUUACUCAUAGGGGCUCAGAUGUUUUGGCAGCUCAUUUGCAUAGGUCAAAUUAAGGCGUGCAGGGCGCAUCCCACGCUACAAAAAACUAAACUUGGUUGGGUGGUUUCCGGUUCUACAUACGGACACUCGAACAGCAUGGCAGUUGCAUCCUGUCAUAUUACUUCGAUUAAUAAUUUAGAAAAAUCUCUGUCCAGAUUCUGGGAGGUCGAACAUGAUGUCGCUUCCGAAUGUAAAGUUCAAUACACUCCUGAAGGGCAAAGGUGUGAAACACAAUUUCAAGAAAAUGUUUCUCGCGAUCCUGAAGGUCGUUUCAUAGUCAAGUUGCCCAUUAACGAUGAUAAAAUGCAACAGUUAGGCGAGUCUUAUGAAAUUGCAAAGCGUCGUUUCCUCAAAUUAGAAAGGCGUUUAUCUUUUCAACCGGAAGUAUAUUCACAAUAUAAAAAAUUCAUGCAAGAGUAUAUUGAUUUGAAUCACAUGCGCGAGAUAAAAUUGUCUACAAAUCAAGAAGUAGCUUAUUACUUGCCACAUCAUCCAGUGUUUAAAGAAAGUAGUACGACGACAAAAUUAAGAGUAGUAUUUGAUGCUUCAUGCAAAAGUGCAUCGGGAUUGUCAUUGAAUGAUGCAUUAUUGGUUGGUCCGACUAUUCAGGAGGAUCUAUUUUCACACUUAGUGCGUUUCCGCACAUUUCGAUAUGCAAUGACUGCAGAUAUAACUAAAAUGUAUAGGCAAAUUUUGGUGGAUGAAUCUCAACGACAUUUGCAGCGUAUUUUUUGGCGCAAUGCUCCUCAAGAUGAGCUGAGAAUUUUCGAACUCUUAACUCUUACAUAUGGCACUGCUCCAGCCUCAUUUCUCGCUAUUAGGACUAUACGAAAGCUUGCAGAAGACGAAAUAAAUUCAUUUCCUGUCGGUUCAAAGACAAUAUUACGUGAUUUCUAUGUAGAUGAUUUGCUCACAGGCGCAUCUACUCUCCAAGAGGCAUUGGAAAUAAAAACACAAACUAUCGAAUUGUUAAAAAGAGGAGGUUUUGAGCUGAGAAAAUGGUCAUCCAAUAGUUCAUCUCUUCGAGAUGCACAGGGAACUCAUAAGAAAAGGUUCAUUUUGGCUGGGGAUCAUGGUAAUGAAACCAGAGCACUCGGCGUAAUUUGGAAUUGUGAAUCAGAUAUUUUCAAAUUCGAAAGCAUUGGACAACAUUCAUUGUUAAAAGAGCCUACCAAAUGUAGUAUAUUGUCUAGAAUAGCAUUAAUAUUUGAUCCUUUAGGAUUACUAGGGCCAUCUAUCGUAAUUGUUAAAAUCAUAAUGCAAGAGUUAUGGCGCGCUAAAGUUGAUUGGGAUGAGUCAAUAUCCCACGAAUUACAUACACGUUGGAAGGAAUAUGAGCAUAAAUUACAGAGUCUUGGUAGUAUUGAAAUUUCACGCAAGGUUAUCACAUCUGAUGAUGUACAAGUCAGGGAAAUUCAUGGUUUUUCAGAUGCAAGCCAACAAGCAUAUGGUGCAUGUAUUUAUCUUCGAUCCAUUUCUAGUGAUGGUAGUAUUGAGGUUCAGUUAUUGUGUUCCAAAUCUAGAGUAGCGCCUCUUAAGACAUUGUCGAUUCCUCGUUUAGAACUGUGUGGCGCACUACUGUUAGCGCAGUUGACAAAAAGGGUAUUAAACUCUCUACCGUUCACGGUGGAUGCAACUUAUUUAUGGACAGAUUCGAGUAUUGUUUUGUGUUGGCUUCGAUCAUGCAGUCGGCAAUGGACGCCAUUUGUAGUCAAUCGCAUUUCCGAGAUUCAGUCUAUUACUAAUAUUAAGGUUUGGAGACAUGUUCCCAGUCAGGAGAACCCUGCCGAUUUACUCUCUAGAGGCAUCAUGCCAGACGUUUUACAGAAAUCAGACUUAUGGUGGACUGGCCCAACAUGGCUGAAAUUAGAUGAAGCUUUUUGGCCUUCUGAGAAUUUUUCUUCAUCACAGAUAGAAUUACCUGAAAGAAGGGUUACGGUUUUGUUAGCUGAAACAAAGGUUAAGAAUCAACUUGACAUUUUUAAUCGAUUUUCGAAAUUGUCUACGCUCGUGCGCGUUAUUGCCUUCUGUCAAAGAUUUGCACGUAAUUGUAAAUUGAAGAGGGCUCAUGAUUCAGGUAAUAAGAAUAAUGUAAUUCCGCAAUUGUCGGUUGAUGAAUUGGAGGAAUCUCAACUAACCCUUAUAAAACUAGUGCAACGCGAUUCAUUUAAGGCAGAAUUGAAUUCUAUUGAGCAUACUAAACAUGUAAAUAAAAACAGCAACGUUUUUAAAGUUGAACCCAUUUCUCGAUUCACAAGAAGAGGACGUCCUGCGGAGAUGCAUUCAGAUAACGGCUUAAACUUUGUCGGGGCUAAGCAUGAGCUUAAUGAAUUGUAUAAAUUGUUCACUGACGACAUUGUCAAGCAAGGAAUCAACAAUCUGAUGACAAGCGAAAAAAUAAAGUGA